AUGGGAGUUCUUCUAACUGAGGUUUACGUGGAUACGGUGGGAGAUGCUGAGAAGUAUAGGACUAAACUGUCUGAAAGAUUCCCUGCUGUCAAGUUUGUCGUUGCAAAGAAGGCUGAUAGUCUUUAUCCAGUUGUCAGUGGGGCAAGCAUAGUUGCAAAAGUCACAAGAGACAGAGCUUUGCGGGACUGGGUGCUUGAGGAAACAGCUGAAGACUUGCACAAAAACUUUGGUUCUGGAUAUCCUGGAGAUCCAAAUACUAAGGCCUGGUUGCAACAUCACAAACACUUGGUUUUUGGAUUCCCAACAUUAGUCCGUUUCAGCUGGGGUACAUGCACUCCCUAUUUCAAAGACAUUGUUGAAGUCUUAUGGGAAUCCAAUGAAACAGAUGGAGAUGGUUCUAGCAGUGCUAAUGGCAAGCGGCAAUUGAAAUUAAGUAAUUUUGGUGUCACAAAAUCCAAGAGAAAGAUUGAAGAAAUUGAAUCAAGUGGUAAAGGACGCUGCAAAUUUUUUAUGGCUCGUAAACUUGAGCAAGUCACUCAAUUCUAA